GGAUUGCUGCAGCAGUGUUUGCAUUGAUUGCUACAGCAGCCGCAGUGCCACGCCAAGCCAAGCUCUGUUCUUGCUUCGCCUCCCUGUUUCAGCAUCAAUCAACUCUUUGUGAUCUGCCCAGCAUCAAGAAAGCAAGCAGUGCAGAAAUCCAGCCCACAACUGACUGUCGCCCAUUUCUCACCGCACCACACAGCAUCCCGAGCACAGUCACAGACAGACAGAUCGCAAGCAAGGCUUUCCGUCCUCAUUGAUCCAUUGAUCACACAAACAGAGACAAAUACAGACACACAGAUACACACAAGUACAGACACACAGGUACACACACACGCUCUCUCUCUCUCUCUCUCUCUUCGAGACUGACGUUCAAGCAAGAUGGUGUUCACACGCAAAGGCACGGAUACGGCGACCGGGCAGACCGCCAAGCGAGAGCACGCUGACGGAGAUAAGGCCGCCAAGCGCAGCAAGGCCAAAGGUGGCAUGGCCAUGGCAAAGAAGGAGACCGCCAGCGCCACCACAACGAAGAAGGAGAAGCCGCACAUGCCCUCGCAGCGCCAGAUGAGCAAGAAAGGCUACGGCCCGGGCGAAACCAUGUUUGGCAUCCGCUUCACCCACCCAGACAAGGUCAUGUUCCCCAAGGCCAAGCUGACCAAGGCCAACCUGGCCCAGUACUACCUGGACAUUGGCAACUUCAUCAUGCCGUACCUCAACGACCGCCCACUGACGAUUGUGCGCGGCAUCCGCGGCGCCACGGACGAGCGCCAGUUUGUGCAGCGCCACCCGCCUGCAGGCCUGCACCCGACCAUGAAGCACGGCAAGAUCAAGCAGAAGGAUGGCCGCACCCUGGAGUACAUGUACGCGGAGGAGGCCAUGGCGCUCGUCGCCGCCGUGCAGAUGGACACGGUCGAGUUUCACGCCUGGCAAGCCAAGUUCCAGUCCCCCAACCACCCAGACCAACUUGUGUUUGAUCUGGACCCUGGUGAGGGUGUGACGUUCUCCACACUGGUGGAGGUUGCCCGCGCCAUGAGAAAGGUGUUGGAGGACGAAUUCCACCUCAAGUCCUUCAUCAUGCUCACGGGCAGCGUUGGCCUCCACAUUGUCUGCCCACUCCACCCACCGGAGAAAACCUUUGACGUCACGCACGACUUUGCAAAGGGUGUCGCGUACUUCCUCGAGGUGGCAAAGCCGUCCAUCGUCACAGCCAAGCCAGGCAAACCAAGCCGCAUCGGCAAAGUGUUUAUCGACUACAUCCGGAACUCGUACAACCAGACGUCAAUUGUGCCGUACUCAACACGUGCGCGUCCGGAGGCCCCUGUCGCCACACCGGUUGACUGGUCCGAGCUCGACUCAAUCAAGGCGCCAAACCAGUUCACCACAAAGACUGUUCUGGAACGCGUGCGUUCCGCAAGCUUCAAGGACCCCUGGAAGGGCUUUGGUGCCGUGCACCAGCACAUCCCACAAGACUGGCGGGACACCAUGUCCAAGCUCUUGUCCAGUGCCCCCGGCUCGUCAUCUUCUUCUGCUCACUGAACGCCCUUCAUCAAUCAAUUCACCAACGCCAUCUGCGCCAACAUCACAGCCAUAGACGACCAUUGCUUCUUGUUUGCAUGCAUGUAUUCAUUCCACUGCCGCACCCCCGUGUUAUGCACGCCGCGCCCCACCGCUGUUGAACUGCCAUGCUUCCUCGUUGUCGCUUGUGUUUGCCUUCCUUCGCCUGAGCCUGAACACAUAAGUUGUGCAUGCACACCACCCUCACACACACCCUUGCCUCGUCUGCACCUUCCUUGUCAAUAGCAACCAUCCUUCUCCAUUUGUAGUCGCGCAUACUUCAACCAUAACAAACCAAAAUACAACUGGAAAAACACA